AUGAGACAAGACAAAGUGUCUCGGUUUUGCUCAUUAGGGGUCGGGAUUAACGCCAAGACUUCAAGACCUACGGCCUCAAAUGCAGGGUUUAGGCUGAAAACCCUAAAAAGGCAUUUAAAGGAGAAGGAAAGAUGGGGGUCUAAAGCAGCAGAGGCGCUGCAGAAGCAGCUGCGAGAGCAGCAGCAGCAAGAAGCAGCAGACAGCAAGUUGCUGCAGCAGCAGCUGCAGCAGAAGCAGCAGCAGCAGCAGCAGCUGCUGCUGCAGCAGAAGCAUAUCGCCAAACAAUUCGACAAUGAAAUCGGAGACACGCAGCGGGCCAUGAAGGAGCUGCAGCAAAAGUGCAAUUCGCUGGAGGCGGAGUUUCUGUCGCUGCUGCAGUCCGUGCUGCAGCUGCUGCAGCAGCAGCUGCAGCAGCCAGCAGCAGUGGAGAAGGAACUUGCUGCUGCUUUUGAAAAACAAAUGCAGCAAAUUAAAAAUGAAGUUAUUUUUAAAAUUCAAAACUUAGAAACAAAGUCCGAAAAUAAAGAAACCCUCGGAGAUGCCUGGAGGCAAAUCGGCAUGCAGCCGCCCCACGCUGUCACCAAACUCGGCGUCUAA